AUGGGUUGUACUGCAAGCACACAAGCCUUAGAGGAUGAAAAUGAUCCAUUCUUACAAAAUCAAAAGGUCAAUGAUGUUAUCGAACAAUCAUUACAAAUGGAAAAGCAACGAGAUAAAAAUGAGAUUAAAUUAUUAUUGUUAGGUGCCGGAGAAUCAGGUAAAUCAACUGUAUUGAAACAAUUAAAAUUAUUGCAUAAAGGCGGUUUCAGUAACCAGGAAAGAUUGCAAUAUUCCCAAGUUAUUUGGGCCGAUGCCAUUCAAUCCAUGAAGAUCCUGAUUAUCCAAGCUAGGAAAUUGGGAAUAUCGUUAGAUUGUGACGAACCAGGUGAGUUAUUUGAAUUAAAAAGAAUCUUAAUGAAGACAAAGGCUUUGGAUUUUAUAAAUGCAAGUGUUGCUGGUGGUUCAGAAUUUUUAAAUGACUACGUCUUGAAAUAUUCGGAAAGAUAUGAGAACAAAAGACGUGUACAGUCUACUGGGAAGGCAAAGGCUUUUGAUGAAAAAGAAUUAAAACCUGAAGAAGAUGGUAGCAACAAUAAUGGGGACCAAAAUAACAAAUUAAAUUUUCAAGAAAUCUCCAAAAAUCUAAAUGAAACAGGAGAUGAAAAGAUGUUUGUUAAAAAUGAAAUAAGAAAACCGUCUGAAAGGAAAGUAACCAACGAACAAAUUGCAAAUGCAAUCAGUGAACUUUGGAAGAAAGAUAAAGGUAUUAAACAAUGUUUUGCCCGUUCGAAUGAAUUUCAGCUAGAAGGUUCAGCUGCAUAUUAUUUUGACAACAUUGAGAAAUUCGCCCAAACAAAUUAUAUUUGCUCUGAUGAAGAUAUUCUAAAGGGUCGUAUAAAGACUACCGGUAUUACAGAAACAGAUUUUAAUAUUGGUUCGUCCAAAUUCAAGGUUUUGGAUGCAGGUGGACAGAGAUCAGAAAGAAAGAAAUGGAUACAUUGUUUUGAAGGGAUCACUGCAGUUCUUUUUGUUCUUGCGCUAAGUGAAUAUGAUCAGAUGUUAUUUGAAGACGAAAGAGUGAAUAGAAUGCAUGAAUCAAUAAUGCUAUUUGAUACAUUACUAAACUCCAAAUGGUUCCGUGAUACUCCAUUUAUCCUUUUCUUAAAUAAGGUGGAUAUUUUCGAAGAAAAAGUUAAGAAGACACCAAUAAGGAAAUAUUUUCCAGAUUAUCAGGGACGUGUAGGUGAUUCAGAAGCAGGAAUCAAGUAUUUCGAGAAGAUUUUCUUAAGUCUGAAUAGAUCAAAUAAACCAAUAUAUGUGAAACGCACAUGUGCAACAGACCCCCAGACGAUGAAAUUCGUUUUAAGCGCAGUGACAGAUUUGAUUAUUCAACAAAAUUUAAAGAAAAGUGGUAUCAUUUAA